AUGAUGGUGCACUGCGCGGGGUGCGAGAGGCCCAUUCUCGAUCGGUUCCUCUUAAACGUUCUCGACCGCGCAUGGCACGCCAAGUGUGUCCAGUGCUGCGAGUGUAACUGCAACCUGACCGAAAAAUGUUUCUCCAGGGAUGGAAAGCUCUAUUGCAAAAUUGACUUUUUCAGGCGUUUUGGUACGAAAUGUGCGGGCUGCUUGCAGGGCAUUUCGCCCAGCGACCUCGUGCGAAGAGCGCGCAGCAAGGUGUUCCAUCUGAACUGUUUCACGUGCAUGGUGUGCAACAAACAGCUGUCCACGGGCGAGGAGCUCUACGUCAUCGACGAAAACAAAUUUGUGUGUAAAGAGGACUACAUGAGCACGAGCGCUAUCAAAGAGGUCAAUUUAAACUCAGUGUCAUCGUGUACGGACCGGAGUUUAUCGCCUGAUCCGAUCCAGGACGACACGAAGGAGACAGACAAUUCCACCUCCUCAGAUAAGGACACUAACAACAACGAGAACGAGGAGCAAAACUCGGGCACGAAGCGGCGGGGCCCGCGCACCACCAUCAAGGCCAAACAGCUCGAGACUCUGAAAGCAGCGUUCGUGGCGACGCCAAAGCCCACGCGACACAUCCGCGAGCAGCUCGCACAGGAGACAGGCCUUAACAUGCGAGUCAUACAGGUGUGGUUUCAAAAUCGUCGGUCUAAAGAACGCAGAAUGAAGCAGCUCAGCGCUCUCGGUGCUCGACGACACGCUUUCUUCAGGGGACCACGCAGAAUGAGGCCACUCGGAGGAAGACUAGAGGACCCAGACAUAAUGGGCCCUGGAGGAUACAGCUACUAUGGAGAAUACCAAGGCGACUAUUACGGGCCAGUGGUCAACUACGAUUUCUUCCCUCACGGACCCCCUUCCUCACAGGCGCAGUCUCCUGCCGAGUCCCCGUACCUCCUCAGCUCAGGUUCAGGAGCCCUGGAGGGCGGCCCGGUCUCUGCUCUCCACCCCUCAGACGACCAAAGGUUCACAGACAUGAUCUCCCACGCAGAUACCCCCAGUCCUGAGCCAGGCAUGACCGGACCGCUCCAUCCAAAUCCACAGGGGGAGGGUGGCUUCACAGGGGGUCCGAGUCCACCCUUCCCCCUGGCCAACAAUACCAGUUACAGUGGCCCCAUGUCCCUUCCUGGUCAAGAGAUGGGGGAGAACACUGUUUGGUAGGACAGAGAGACAGGAAAGACUCUGAACUAUGCACACAGAGGGAAUUCCUUCCUAACUGGUCUACCUUAGUGCUAUGUUACUGAGGGAGGGCUUAUUGGCUGGUCAUGGACCAGAACAAACCAA